UUAAAGAAAAACUAAAAUUAAACGUUUUUGAAUUUGAAGCUGAGGCAUUGUGAUGAGAAGAAAAAACGAGGAGACAGCCCAAAGAACAGGCAAAAUCCAGCCCAAGUAGAUGAAUUUUAGAAGAAACUGGGAAUUUGGAAUUGGAUGUGCUUGAAGAAAAAGGGAGGGGGUGGAUAUAAUUUAUCGUCACUAUUUUUUUUCCUUUAAAAAAAUUGCUUUGUUUGCUGAAGAUACUCGUACGAAUCACAUUGGAGGAGAUAUACAUGACAAAAGACCCAAAAUUGGAUUUAAUUCUAAGCAAAAGAAAAAAUUUAGCUGUAAAUAGUUAUUGCAACAACAAACCCCAUACGCAAAUUCCAAAGAGAAAUUCUUCCUUUUGCCUGUCUCUUCACCUUCAUCCUAAAAUUUCCCAUUUUUCUAUUUGGGUUUUGUUUUAAUUAUGUGUUAAUUAACCAAAAACAGGAAAUUUAUGCAACCCAUCUCACAUUGUCUUAUGCUUCAAUCUUCUUAACAAGAUGGGUUUCUCUUUUUGGGUCAAUAGAUGCCAAAACGUAGCAGUAGGAGGACAGAGUAGAGGAGAGAGACAGGGGUGGAUGAGAUAAGCAAUCGAAGAAUUUUUUUCGCCAUGGAAGAAGAGUUGGGUACUGCUAUGCAUUCGGAGGAGAACAAAGAUUCUACCGAGAAGAACAAGAAACGAAAGCUCAAGACGCCUUCUCAGUUAGUUGCUUUAGAAAAGUUCUAUAAUGAACAUAAGUAUCCUACAGAGGAAAUGAAAUCACAGCUCUCAGAGGAGCUAGGUUUGACUGAAAAGCAAAUAUCUGGAUGGUUUUGCCACAGAAGAUUAAAAGAUAAAAGAUUUUGUGAUACGUAUACUAGUGUACGACAGGAUCGUUCAAGUGGUGUCAUUCAAGAUCAUGGCAGUGGGCUUGCACAAGAUUCAUGUGGUAGCACGAAAAAUGGAGACUAUUGGCAUAUUGAUCCACGUGAAGUUGAAAGUCAAAAGCCCUACGGACAUGAACUAGCUACAGACAAUGUCCUUGAGCGUAGGAGUCAAUAUACAGAAAAUGUUAGUAAUAUGGAAAAUACAUCUUCGGAAAGCAGCUCUUCUUUAAAAGAUAGGUUAUUAUCUCAAAGUGAGAAUCCAUAUGAUACAGAAGUUUCUCGGUAUUUAACACACGAGGGUGCUAUUCCACCAUCAAAUCCAAAGGCUUUAAGCUCUCUGCGAUAUAAACCAUCUGGCUAUUUAAAAGUGAAGGGCGAAGUUGAAAAUGCUGCUAUUACUGCUGUUAAGAGACAGUUAGGUGUGCAAUAUCGGGAGGAUGGUCCACCUCUUGGUGUAGAAUUCCAGCCACUUCCUCCUGGUGCAUUUGAGUCCCCUGCUAAAGGUCCCACCCAUGAUUCAUACUAUGUUGGAAAUCAGCUACUUCCUCGUUCUCCAGACAUAUUGACAUUGAAGAAACAAAGAGCUGUUGGCUCUAGGUAUGAAGUGCACAGUUCAAAUAUGAGUUCUCAAGACUCAUAUAGGGAGGAGGCAGCUCCCGCCGGCACUACAUGUAGACCUGAGAGUCAGGAAAAGAAUUCUGUUUACCAGUUAAAGAAGGGUUCCAAUUAUUACAACAAAACUGAUACUUUUCCCCGCCAGAACUCUCCCUUGAAUGUGUAUGAGGAAUCUGGUGGGUUGACAUUUUCAAGUAGUAGUAAAAGGGAUCACAAAAUGAACCCCAGCUAUAACUUUCCUAGAAGCAGAUCUGAUUCUGUUUCCAACAAUCAUGGCUCCUAUUCUUCAAAAGUUGUUAGUGAACCGACAGAGAUGCAGUUACAUAACCACGGUAGUGUAGCCUCAAAGAGUUUUUAUAGGAGUGGUUAUUUGGACUAUAAUCCUAAAAAGAUGCCAAAGGAAAUGUUCAGCGGAGAAGAAAAGGCUAUAAAUGAAAGUAGUGAUCCAGUUAGAGGGAAGAUCCCGCCAUCAAAUGAAUUGGCUGUUGUAAAUCGAUGUCAGCUGGAUUUUCCUCGGUCAGACUAUGCAGCAAAAGCAUCCUUUUCUGAGAAACCAGGGCGGAAAAAUCUUACUAGAAGUGGUCAGAAAGUUUCUUUUCUGGAAUAAGAAAGUUUUUCAUUGAAUGGGAAUACAUGCUGUAGAAGGUGAAGACAAGGCCUGCAAUGGAGAUGCCAUACAGCUUCACCGUUGACGAAGCUGAAGAUACCAGUUCAUCGUUGGAUUGAGCAAUGGUAGAAGUUCAGCGAGAUCUCGGGAAUAGAGUACAUAAAUUGGAAUUAUUGUAAAUUGGGUAGUAAUAUUAGUGAGUUGCAGCAAACUUUAGGCAGAUUCUGGCUGUCAGGUUCUCUCCCUCUCCUCCUUCUCUCUUGUGUAUACGUACAAAGCCUCCAUUUAUAACUGUCUUUUCAACGAAAAUUCUACAAGGUGAAGUGAAGUCUAUCUUCUAUCCUCUCCUUUUUGUUUCUGUCUAUGGAUGAUGGAUUUCCUAUCGGAAUCCCGGUCAUGUCGAUUUGUACUUCUGUAAUUUUGUUUGAUUGACAAAGAAGCAUCUACAAUGUAUUAUAACUCCACCGUCCAUUUCCGACUCGA